GUUGGUAAUGAUAUUACAAAGUCGAUUAGUUGCUGAAUGGAGUGAUUGCUUCUUUUUCUUAUCAGGGGUUCUGACUCGAAAAGGCCAGGAGAAAUGGUUGAAGCCAAUUCUGUCGGUGGUGGGAACAAGAUAACACUCGACGACUUGGUCAAGGCUUUGGAUCGGCGAGAUUUGGCUCGUGGUAGUGUUCCGAAGGUUAAGACCUUCUUGUUCAAGGGAGAGCGGGUUUCAGAUUGGCUCGAGUUGGUCGAGCAGGCGAUGGUUGGAGUAGCGGACGUGGUGAAGUUUCAGCGUAUCUUGGUAUACCAUGGUCUGCACGAAGAAGUCAAGAAGGUUAUAGCGGCAUCAAAUGACGGUUGGUCCCGAUUUAAGGAUGGGAUGCAGAGGAAAUAUCAGUUGGGUGAUGGGCUGCUAACGGCGGCGGAGCUGGAAGCCCUUAACCGGAAUGACUACACCACCGUUGGGGCGCUGGCUGAGGACUUUAAGAAAAAGGCAAGAAAGGUCCCAGGGAUUUCGAAAGAGGAACAAUGUGCCAUCUUCCUCGGGUUGUUCAAAUCUAUGGAGGCCCAGGAGCUCACAAGCAAGGGAGGGGGAGGUGAAAAGCUUACCUGGGCUACGAUUGACAAAGGAGUGCAGGAAGGUGACUUGAACGAAGUCCACCAGUUCCAAAUGCGCCAGCACAGGAAGAAGCGCAAGGAACGGGAUGCGGGAACUACGAGAGCCCCAGAUAUGAAGAACGUUGUAUCGGAUGUUUUAUCAGAAUUGGGGAUUUCUAAAGAUCAGAUAGAACAGAGGAAGGUGGUGACCAUUGUCCAAGGUUGGGGAAAAGAGGGUGUAGGAGAGGAAGUUGGGCAGGAAAACUAUGGCAAGGAGGAGACGGGAUCCCAGACCCUCACUAAGGCGCAGUGCCAGCAGCGCAAUUUAUUGCUAGGAGGGCAGGGCUCUGGAAAAGCGCAGAUCCCACAAGCGAUUCCCAUGUGUAACCCCUACAACUCAUGGGGAGGAGGCCAAGUAUCCUCAGGGCAGAUGGUGCCCUAUUCGGGCUCGCCGGCGAGUGCGGGGCCACCAAGCUUUCCGGCGGCUCAGGGGCAAUUUGCAGCCCAGCCUCCACCCACGCAGCAAGCAUCGCAGGCUAGCAUGGUAGGAAGGGGGAACCAGGGACAGGGUGGACAGGGGAAUGGCGACAGAGGUCAAGGUGGACGAGGGGGUGAAGAAAGAGGACAAGGGCGAAAUGGCGGAGGCCGUGGUGGGGGAUGGAAUGGCCAAGGAGGUCAAGGCCAAGGCAACCAAGGCGGUCAGGAAGGGGGCCAAGGAUAUGGAAGGCCCCGCUUUGAUUGGCGGAAUGCCAUUUGCCGGCAUUGUGGCAUUAUAGGUCACACCAUACGAUUUUGCCAGCAACGGCGGGAUGACGAACUUUCCGGACCAAGUUCCACCAAUAUGGAUGGGGACAUAUACGAUAACUUCGGGAAGUAUAUUGAACCAAGGACUCCGGGUGGAGUCAGGCAAGAGGCCCUUAGGCGAGCAGCGGUACGACCAGCACCCCCGACGAUGUUCAAAUUAUGGCAAGAAAGACAGGACUCGGCCGUAAGGGUCGAGGAGAUCGUGGAGGAGAGUGAGGAGGUGACCCAGCGACUAAAGGCGGGGACUAUAAAGGAAGAGCCAAUAGUCGUUGAAUCGAAUGAUGAGAAAUUGGGAGAGAUGAGAGAGUCGGCCAUAACCAUCUUGGGGAGGAUGGAGGAUUUGCUAGAAAAGGUGAGUAGGUACCAGCAAAAGUUGAAAGACUUGUGUGAUGAAACCCAGGAGUGGAAGGCCAACCUCCCCGGACUCUUCCUCUAUGAGUCCGGACCUGGGCCGACAUCAGGGCAGCAGGGGUAUCCUGGGUUUGCGACGGUGGGGUCAGGCCCUAGGUCGGGGAUGGCCUAUAGGCCCCCCACUUCGCAUGGAAGAGUGCCACAGGCAGCACGAACCAGAGGCCUGAGCAAGGCUGGUACUAGUCAAGUGCACAGCCAGGCGCCUAGUCAGGCACUCCCUCGAAGGGAACCUGAGCCCGAGCGUAGGAAAGAAGUGGUGGAGGUCCCGGAAGAGGAAGAUGAGGAUGACGAUGAAGAGGAUGAGAGGCUCCGGCAAGAAGAAGAUCGACGAGCAGAGCUAAGGGCCAGGAAGAGAGGGGCUCAGGAGGAAGCCGAGCCGAGCCAGUGCGACAGUGUACCUAAAAGGAAGAAGUACGCGGUUCGGCUAGAAGAGGGCUUCGACGUGGAAAGAAUGGUGGACAGGCUUCUAGAAGGUCAUGAUGACCUUAUGAACCUAAAGGAUAUUCUGACGUCCGCCCCAAGGCUCCGAGAUAGCUUGAGGGGACGAAUCUCGCGGAGAUCUGACUUUUCGAAGACAGUCAUGCAGAGGGGCGGGAGGGAUGCACGACCACGACAGAGACCUCUGGGGGCUUCUGGAGGGGACGACCAACACAGGCCAUUCAGGAGGGAGUCUACGCCUGUCUUUGACGAUGAUAACAUAGAGCUCUUCUUGGAUGCCUAUCAGGGGCAUGCGACACGGAGAGGAUGGACCACUUUGGAGAUGAUACGGAACCUGAGGGGAGCUGGACGUUUCGAGGAGCCUAUCGCACAUAUCCAAAGUGGUGAGGUUCCAGCGCCCCCACAGGAGGUUAUUACGUCGCCCAAACAGGUGGAAACGAUGAAGAGGUUAGAGGAGGGGGGGAGAGAUGAGACCUGCGCGACCAUUGAUUCGCGGCUGGCCGCGCACGCGUCUGAACACCCUGAUAUUAAGGUGCCCGCCCCGAGUGAACCAUCCCUAGGGUCGCCGCAUGCUGAGAGAGGGAAAGGUACCAAGACUCUUGCUCGAGGUACCCAAGGAGCGCAGGCGGGGAGGCCACAGAGAGAAACUGCGGAGGAGAAGUCUGCUAGGGUGCAAGCACGCCUAGCUGAGAUAUACGAAAAAAAAGUCGAGAUGGAGGCUGCAGGGGUAGAGUCGGCAUCGCCAGUCGAUCCCAGGACAAGUGAGCAAAAGAUCGACGAGAUGUGGUUCAAGUACGAGAGCAGGAGGGAUGCAGCCCGCCAGAGGUCGAAAGGGACGGGGCAGGCAGAUGAGAAGGCGAAUGAGGGAAGAGAGACAAGAGAUUUGGGACUUUCCGCCGCCAGGAUGGCAAUUGAGCGAGUGGAUAGGAGGAUACGCCAGGCAGCAACCACUUCCUUCCAUAGGUAUUCUCUGCUUAGUGACGAGCUGGCGAUCAGAAAGAUGGAGGUGGAACAACUGACUACUCAUCUUGCAGAAGAAAAGGCUGAGAACCUGGCCUGGAGGGCACAUAUGGAAGCCAAGGAAGUUGAAUGGGAGAAGAAGCUCCAAGAUAUAGCGGUUGCAGUAGAGAGGCUUUCGGCCACCAAGGUGGUCGAUUGGACUGAGCAGAGUAGAUACGGCAUCCGAGGUGAGGGAAUGCAGGGACUGUUUGGCCAGAGAGGGGCAGCAGAGCCGUCUCAACAGGAAAGGUUGAAAAAGGUAUUCCUGGAACCAACUGAGGCAGAAAUGAAGAGGAAGGCCGAAGAGGGGAGCUUUAGUUUCAGGACCCCUACUGAGCUGGCCUCACAACAGGCGACCCCUAUAUCUUUUGAGGUCCUUGCUGAGAGGCCAACUCAGGGACCUCAGCCUCCACCUGCUGAGGAAGGGUCUGCAGAGGAGUCCCUUGCGAUCCUGCUGGAAGUACAGGGAGGUAUCCUUACAGGGGCAGUGGUACCUACUCAGCCUGAGGCGGAAAAGAGGGAGGGGUCGCGUCUGGACGAGCUGGUAGCCGCAAUGGAGGUGGAUAUGCCACUAGAGAGACCUCAGAGACUGGAUACUCCCGAGCGCGUGCCAGAGAUGGGAGAGUUGAGGGCCCAGUUGGGUUCUUGGGCCACAGGGACAUAUUCAAGAGGGCAUGUCUCUGGGCAGCAGCAGCAGGAGGCCACGAGCCAUCCAGCCAUGACAGUCGCUUCCCAGUCCUCAGAUCCACAUGGGAAGAAGAAGAAGAAGUUUCAGAGAAAGUCGAAAAAUAUUUGUUUCUAUUUCCAAGACGGCAUGCACAGGGCUCUUGAGUGUCCGAAGUUCCUCGAGGAUAAGGCUGCAGGAAGAGUUACUGAGAGGGAUGGGAGGAUGUACGAUAGACAGGGUAGAAUAGUAGAGCGGACUGCAGAUGGGGGUAGAGCUCAGCUGUAUAGGCAAAACCAGGAGGAGAUGAGUGAGUAGGGGUUGGUUUGUCUAUAGGCCAGUAGGGUUACGACUCUUUGUACAUAAAAGAUGGGUUAGAGUUGUGUAUACCCUGAG